CACUAGUUCUUACUUAAUGGUUCCAAACUUGAGGCGGCAAAAAUCUAGCAAUUUAUUUAUUUUUCUUUAAUUUUUAUUGUUAUUCGCCAUAAAUUACAAAUUAAACACAAUGGAAAUAACAUUGGCACUACUCAAGCCACAUGUCCUGCGUAAUACCUUUGCUUUGAAUCAAAUCAAAACACUAAUUGGCAACAAUUUCGAAGUGCUCGAAGCGAAAGAAGUUCAGAUUACGAAAGAACUUUCCGAACGUUUCUAUGCAGAGCAUAAAGGAAAAUUCUUUUAUCAUCGCCUAACCAGUUUCAUGAACAGUGGUCCCUGCUAUGCCCUGAUCCUGCAAGCAGAGGCGGGCAUACAAAAAUGGCGCCAAUUGAUGGGACCAACAAAAGUCUUUCAGGCUGUGUACACUGAACCCCAAAGUAUUCGUGGAAUGUACGGUUUAUCCGACACCCGCAAUGCCUGCCAUGGCUCCGAUAGUAAAGCGUCCGCCCUUCGUGAGAUAUCCAUCAUUUUUCCCGAAUACAACAUGGAGAAGGAAAAGUUGCACCCCAAAGCAAACUUAACAAACUAAAAUAAAUACAAAAACAUUAAGCAUAUAAGUUAAUCGGAUGAAACGGUUUUAUCGUAUAAUCUCAUUCGUUUAACGAGUUUAUGAGAACAAAUCUCCAAGAAUUCUCGAUCUCGAAACACUAAAACAAAAAAUCUAAAAGCUUUAAGACUCUAAGAAGUACAGAUGGAAUCCUAGUCGGUGAUUCUUCUUGGGCUGGAACUAUUUCAGCUUAUGUUACUAAGUUAUUUAUGGAUUCAUCUUAGGAUUACUUAUAGCUAAGAAUACCAAAAAAUUUGGACAAUAUUAACUUUUAUAUGUUGGAAGCUAAGGUAAGAGCCUAAACCAAACAUGGCAUUUCUUUUAGAAGUUUAUACAUAUAUAUACAUAAUAUUUAUUGAUCUAAGGACAAAAGGAUUUGUCCACUGAAUAUUUCUUAAUUUAUCUCUUAAGAGAAAUAAAAAGUCAGAAACAAA